AAUGACCUCGGCGACAGCAAGCUCGAAUAUGCUGAGGACCUCGAGAAGACCAACACCACCUGGGAUGAUAGACCAACUCUUGAUCCUGAGCUGGAUAGACGCAUCACACGAAAGUUCGACACACAUGGUAGGCAUACUGUCCACUCAUCCAUCUGUACAUAUGCUGAACUCUUCCCUGCAGUGGUUCCUUGGUUGUUUGGCCUAUGGCUGCUGGCCUUCAUCGAUCGCAGUAACAUUGGCAACGCCAAAAUCGACGGCAACACAUUCAAUGUCGCUCUCGCGGUCUUCUAUGUGCCAUACAUCCUGGUCGAUGUCCCCUCAAAUCUCGUUUUGAAGUACUUCCAGGCUGGCUAUUAUCUACCUGCACUCAUCAUAGGAUGGGGACUGGUCGGAAUGUGUAUGGGCUUCGUCAAGAGCUAUACUGGACUCAUCAUCACACGCUUCUUCCUUGGAUUGAUGGAAGGUGGUCUGUUGCUCAUGUUCAGAAUCGGACUUUUCUACUGCGCUGCGCCCUUGUCAGGUGCGUUCGGUGGUCUUCUGGCAACUGGUCUUGCCAAGAUUCACACCAGCAACUACAAGGGAUGGCCAUUCAUCUUCUUCGUUGAGGGAGGUAUCACUGUUCUGUUCGGCAUUCUCACCAUAUUCUUCCUGCCUCAUACUCCGGCCGAGUCGAAGUUCUUGACUGAAGAAGAGAAAGAGGGUGCUGCUCUACGUAUGCAUCUGGACUCGCACGGGUCUGACGCUGCCGAUGACGUGAAGAAUGAGACGUUUAGUGUCCCAAAUCGUGAGCUGACUUACUGCAGGCNNUGGCACUGGGUUCGCAUGGCCUUCUUGAACUGGAACACUGUCCUUCUCUCGUUGAACUUCUUCGCCAUCAUCACGCCUAUCUAUUCGUACUCGUUGUUCUUGCCAACGAUCAUCAAGAGCUUGGGAUACAAGGCCGUGCAUGCACAACUUCUUACCGUACCUCCCAACAUCGGCGCGUUCCUGAGCGUACUUCUGGUGACAUACCUUUCUGACAAGUACCGUAUGCGCGGACCAUUCAUGUUGAUCGGAUGCACCAUAUCAAUUGGAGGAUACAUCAUGCUCAUCUCCAGCAACCACCACAUGAUUCAGUACGGAGGCACGUUCUUGGUUGCUGCCGGUAUAUUCCCCUGUAGCCCUCUGGUUAUGGGAUGGCUGGCCAACAAUCUGGCUCCGCAUUAUGUUCGUGCAACUGGAACGGGCGCUCAGAUCAUGAUCGCAAACUGUGCUGCAUUCAUUGCCACAUUCACCUAUCUUUCCAAGAAUGCAUUUAUUCAAGGGCACGCAAUCAACCUGGGCAUGCUAUGCUUGUCUUUAAUCAUCACCUCGUCGUUGUUGGUUUACUGCAGCUGGGAGAACAAGAAGAGAGCGACCGGUAAACGUGAUCAUAGGCUGGCGGAGGGAGAUGAGUCGAUGCUUGGCUACAAGCAUCCAUCGUUCAGAUAUACAUUGUAG